GAUCCUUUCAUACAAAUCGUUUCACUUGAGUGACUUGAAAUAACUGCGUUAUAAAGCCGAGGCGCUGCAGCUUGGGGAUGUCCUCUCGCUCUUGAAUUCAGGCUGGCGUUUGCCUCUGUGCAGUUUUUACCCUUGAGAGAGGAAUUGAGGGGGGAGAGCCGAACCUUGCUGCGGCCAAAGCGCGACUUGGAAGUGAUUGGCAUGAAUAGCUACGGUGCUCCGUACUUGUAUGUACCGACCGCGUCUUCCCGAGUGCCAGCCCAGAGGACUCCCAAGUGCGCCCGUUGUCGGAACCAUGGCGUCCUGUCUUGGCUCAAGGGCCACAAACGCUACUGUCGCUUCAAAGACUGCACAUGCAGCAAGUGCAUCCUCAUCCUGGAAAGGCAGAGGGUCAUGGCCGCGCAGGUGGCCCUCAGGAGGCAGCAAAGCAACGAGGCUCCUUGCAACCUGCUGUUAUCCGAGGAUUACAGAGCGGUGUACCCGGCCCCCGAGAGACCGGAGCAGCCAGUCCCUUCCGACAGCGUGUACUCAGCCGCCGCCACAGGCAGGCACCGAGCCGGCGAGACCACACCUGCCGACCCUCUGCUCCAUCAGCACCCCGAUGAACAUGAAGAUGCCGAAGGAAACGAUGCAGAGAACAAGAUCACGGAAAGUGAGGUGGAAGAGCCAGUUUCCUCCACAGAUACCCAAAGCAGCGAUUUAUCAUUGCCCCUCCCGGAAGCAAACAUUGACAUCGAGCGGAAGAAGGAAAACAAAGAACAAAUUAAAGCUGCCGCCAGAUAUAACUUCAGUGACAUCAGGAAGUUCUUGAAGUCGGAAGAUGUGCUGAAGGACAUGACUCCUUCGGGGAAGUCUAAAACGCCUCCUCUUGAGGUUCUGGCCAAGGUAUUUCCGCAGCAGAAACAGUCCGUCCUGGAGCUGGUGCUGAAAGGUUGCAACAAUGAUUUGGUUUCAGCUAUUGAAACCUUACUGUCCAGUACCACCAGGCGAGCUGAAGGAUUGAAGAAUUACAACAAACCACAGACCUCCAAGGACAUAGCUGACUACAACUCUGGUCACUGUCCUUUAUCCUCAUCAGCUUGGUCUCUGAGUUCUGCCUUUAGAUCCCCGUCUGAUGCCUUCCAGAUAUCUCCAAACAGCCACAGUGUUGUAGCAAGCUUGCCCAAUGUCACCCAAACAAUUACACAACCCAGUCAUUACCCCGUGCCAACUCUUUUCAGACCAACUUUGUCUGGAUCUCAUCCCUUUGUUUCCAGUGAGUUUGCUCUGUGGAGCACAAUGACCUUUCAGCACCCUAGCCUGAGGCAACAGUUUACUUCCCUAGCUCACUCCACUAGUGCCCUGUUGGGAAGCACCACAAUGGUCCUACCUGCCCAAAAUGAGACUUCCCAGAAACCAUCUAUCUGUGAUGGGAAACUGGCAGAAAAAUCUUUGAAAUCUCUCGAAGAAAGACAAGAAGGCAAAAAGUAGCAAUUUGGAUUUCAUUUAAAUUCGUUAGGCCUGCUUUAUUAAACCUUGUGAACCAGCAAGUUGAUGUGUAAAACAAAAAGUUGCUCUGAAGAAUAAAUACUGACAAAGAAAAUCCUGAAAUGGACUUUGUUCAAUAGACGUCCAUCCUAAAUACCUGUCACAACUUCUUGUUGUUGUAAUAGUCAAUG